AUGCACAAAGAAACAAAACAAUAUUACGCUUGCAAAAUUAUUCCAAAAAAUCGUAUUGUCGAAGCAAAUUUAGAUCAACGUUUUGAAGCAGAAAUACGUAUAGAUCAACAACUACAUCAUCCUGGAAUUGUUCAAAUUGUUGAUUUAAUGAAAGAUAACUCAAAUUACUAUGUUGUUAUGGAAUUCUGUCCAAAUGGAGACUUUUUCCAAUUUAUUAUUGAUAACGGCACUAUUCCUGAAAACAUCGCAGCAUUUUCAAUGAAACAAACUCUAGAGGCUCUUCAAUAUGUUCAUAGGCUCGGAAUUGCGCACAGAGAUCUUAAACCAGAAAACCUUUUAUUAGACGCACAGAACAAUAUUAAAAUCAGUGACUUCGGUUUAUCUCGAUAUGUCGGCCAAAACGGUCUUGUAGAUACUCCAUGUGGCUCUCCUUGCUAUGCUUCUCCAGAAUGCUUGAGCGGAAUGCCUUAUGGAGGUUGCGCUAGUGAUAUCUGGAGCUGUGGCGUCAUCCUUUACGCAGCUUUAACAGGUCAAUUGCCUUGGACUAAAAGAAAUCAACAACAAUUAUUUGAUCAGAUCAGAGCAGGUGACUACAAAGUACCAGAGAACAUCAGUGAUCUCGCAAAAGACUUCUUAGUCGGUCUAAUGACCGUUGAUCCAGCAAAAAGAUUUACGAUCGAGCAGGCAUUGAACCAUGAAUGGCUCAAAAUUGCUCCUGCUGGAUUAUCUCAACAGAAAGCCGCAAAUCCACCGAAAUUAGUUUCAUUGAAGGCAGUUGAUAGAUUUUUCGAUUAUGAUGUCGACAGCCCAGACUGCGAUGUACUUGAUAGUCCAACAACAACUCGUGGACAAUCAUUCUACACUGUCGUUCGCGAAUUAGAACCACAAACUAACAAAUUGCCAAAAAUCAAAACACGCCAACUCGCAAUACCUCCUCGAAAGGCUGCAUCGAGGAUUUUGCAGAGCAGACCUGUUCACCAUCAUCCUAAGAUUAUUUCUUUGCAGCAAGUCAGAAAAUAG